AUGCCAGCUCUGCCGUUCUCUCACAGCAGGACGCAGUUCACUUAUGCAUUUAAUCAGCAGGGUGCGUCAGACACCGUUAACAUUCUUGCUACACCACUCGCUGUACCUGGGCCUAAACCAGAUCUACUCUGGGGAAACUGGAAGCAGCUCAAGAAGGAUCGUAUACGGGUAAUGGAACAGUGGAUUCAGUGCUACGGCAAGGUCUUUGGGAUAUACUUGGGUGACAAGCCCUUCAUGGUCAUCACUGAUGUGGAGCUGGUUAAAGAGUGCUUCGUAAAAACUACGAAGGCGUUCCAGGACCGUCCAAUGUGGGCCCAAAGGCUCUGCCCCCUGAGGCGAGGCCUCUUCGGCGAACAUCCAACGCCUCCCAAGAGGCGCGCUAACUGGCGAGCUUCUUCAGCGUACUGGGUAGGCUGCCAAACGAACAGCAAUGAUGGAGCACUGAAAUCAUUCGAAGUUAUAUUUCGAGAAGCGGACAGCGCCUUGUUCGAGAGUGCGUUUGCUUAUCCCGGUCUCUACAGCAUUCUUCAGCGCCUUUAUCCAUUCACAUCGUUCUCCAAAGCGUUGCAGAAAGUAAUGGAUGACGCGUUGAUUACUCUAAACAAACGAAGGAGUGGCGAGGAAGGGCGAAAAGAGGACGUGCUCCAGCAUGUUAUCGAUGCUCAAGAAGGGGUCGGAAAUGUUUUGCCCACAGCUAGCGCUAACGUGCGUUUUAUUGAUGACCAUAUCUUGGUAUGUAACUUAGCGAUACUUAUUCUAGCUGGCUACGACACAACAUCUGCCUCCCUCGCUUUCCUGCUGUAUCUUCUCGCCAAGCACCCGGAAGAACAGCUAAAAAUACGAGCUGAAAUUGUGAGUGCCCUCCGUCAUAAGGAAAACUCAGAUCGUCAAGCUUUUGCGGAAACUGAACGUACCGCCACCAAUUUCGAUGCGAAGCAAGACCUUGAACGUGAGGGAUGGCAGCCCAGCCACAACGUUCCCGACUUGUCACCUCCACAUGCCACAAAUGAUGUGGUGAGCGAAGCAGUUAGCUCGGUGCACGAAGCGUUGCAUGAUAUAUAUGGCCAGCGAGCAGAUGUGCCACAGGCGUCCUCGAAUGCAGAAACAGGGGAAAACGAGCUAGAUGAAGACGACGUUAUGCAGCUCCAACGCCUCGACAUGGUUGUUCGAGAGGGUCUGCGCUUGUACCCGCCAAUUCCGAUCAACGUAAUGCGCGAAUGCACGGAAGACACGACCAUCCUGUGCCAAUUCAUACCAGCAGGAACAAGCGUUCUUGCGCCACCGUGGCACAUCCACAGGAACGAGGAGAUGUGGCCUGAACCAGACCGAUUCGUACCGGAACGCUUCGCGCCUGAACACCGCGACAACGUGGCAUCUUCUUACUAUCCAUUUGGACUCGGCCCCAGGACGUGUGUAGCACAUAGGCUAGCGAUGGUCACGUUGAAGACGGCGCUAUACAGACUAGUGCGAAAUUUCGACAUUUCCCUCGCUGAGGACUUGCCGGACCCGUUACCUAUAUGGGUGCAUAACGUUGUUCUGAAUCCCAAAGUGGCCAUAAAACUUACGGUUACGAGAAGCAAUAUAAAGCAGAUUCAAAGGCAGUAA